AAUGAAUAUAACAUGCUAAAACAACUUUCCGUUAGAUGAAUAGUCUGCACACAUUCUCACUCAACGAAUGUUAGGGUUUCGUUUCUUUCAUGCUCCAACUCGGUUUUUGCAGCACUAUUAAGUAUUAAUCCAACAAAAAGAACAUCUGAAAAUGAAACCUGAAUAUGCUGAACGAAUGGCCUUGGAUAGAAUCAGCACACUUCCGCAACCCAUAUUAGAACCCAUCCUAUCUCUUUUAUCAACUGAAGAGGCAGCAAGGACUAGUAUUCUCUCUAAGGAAUGGAGGUACAGGUGGACCACAAUUCCUAACCUAGAGUUUACUUUGCGUAAAAGAACUUCCGAGCUAACAUCUGACGAAGAAAGUGAAAUGAAAUACAUGGACAUGCAUGAUCUACACCAAGUUUUGCUGCUGCGCCAUGGCCCAAUUCACGAGCUCACUCUUUUUAUGGAGGGUUACUGGGAAGACGACGACCUUUUUGAAUUUGAGCAGAUAAUACUUCAUUUGUCGAGGAACCAUAUUGUCAGGGAACUAGUACUUGAUGCAUCGGAGAGCCUUUGGUAUAAAUUACCCAUAUCUGUUUUCUCAUUGCAUCACUUAAUGGAGCUCCAUCUUCGUAGUUUUACUAUUGAGCUUCCAUCAAUAUUCAAUGGCUUUGGUAGCCUUGUAAGGUUAGACCUGAAUGAUGGAGAGAUCUCUACACAAACUCUUCGGCAUCUUUUAUCUAAUUGUCCAACACUUAAGAGCUUGAGUCUGUAUAUUGGCUAUUCAGAUGAUAAAUGCACUAUUAAUGAGCUACUCAAGUGCUUACCUGUGAUUGAAGAGCUGACUAUUUCGUGUGGUGUCUGUGAGUGGCUGGUUCUAGACUCGGAUCCGCAUGAGCUUCCAAUCUCCCUAAUCCACCUCAAAGUCUUAUGUUUGGAAAGAAUGUCUUUUGUUGAGGGCUCCAGAUCAGCUUUACUUUCUGUUUUGAUCAAAUGUUCCCCGAACUUGGAGAGAAUUUACCUACACAUGGCGUGGAGAUCUGAGGGUCAUGAGGAAUACCCUGCUGUAAAGGAUGAAUAUUCAAAUGUUUGGUUGGAGCAUCUGAAAAAAUUGGAUAUUUUAUUUUUCAGCCACUCGCAUGGGAUGGAAUUUCUAAUGGAAUUUGUAAAGUUUAUCUUGGUUAGGUCACCUAAGCUGAAGAAGGUGAGCAUACACACUUCGGAUUAUCUGUAUCGGGGAUCAAUUAUCGUAAAUACGCUCUUAGGGGCCCCACGCGCGUCUCCGGCAGUAAAAUUUAAAAUCAAUGAGUGAGUGAAAAUUGCUUCAAACCUUUAUUGUUUGGCUACUUUGCUGCCAUAUCAGUAUUUGAGAUUUGUGACUUGUUAUUAGUUAUCUAGUAUUGUGGUCAUUUCCGGAUCAAUUAUCAGUUAUUAUUGUGUUAUUUCAUUGUUUGAUUAUAUCUUA